AUGUGCAGUAGAGGCCAUUGGAGACCAGCAGAAGACGAGAAGCUCAAGGAUCUUGUCGAACAAUAUGGUCCUCAUAAUUGGAACGCCAUAGCCCUCAAGCUCCCUGGUCGAUCUGGGAAGAGUUGUAGAUUGAGAUGGUUUAAUCAGUUAGAUCCGAGGAUAAACCGAAACCCUUUCUCGGAAGAAGAAGAAGAAAGACUUUUAGCUGCUCAUCGGAUCCAUGGGAACAGAUGGUCCAUCAUUGCAAGGCUUUUCCCUGGAAGAACUGAUAACGCGGUCAAGAACCAUUGGCACGUCAUCAUGGCUCGACGCACACGUCAAACCUCCAAGCCUCGUCUUCUUCCCUCGAUGACCUCGUCUUCUUCUUUGAUGGCGAGUGAACAAAUCAUGAUGAGUACUGGUGGCUAUCAUAAUAGUAAGAACUCCGGUGAUCGGAAGAGAAUAUUACCGGGACAUGUUGUUAAUUACCCUUACCAGUUCUCUCAUAUCAAUCAUCUUCGGUUCCUCAAGGAGUAUUUCACCGGAAAAAUAGCUUUAAAUGCCAAAGUGGACCAAUGUAAAAAACCUAUGGAGUUCUACAAUUUUCUACAAGUAAACACAGACUCAAACAAGAGCGAGAUUAUUGAUCAAGAUUCAGAUCAAAGCAACCCCAAUGACUCGGACAACAAAAACGAAAGUCGUGUUCCCUUCUUCGACUUUUUGUCUGUUGGAAAUUCUGCCUCAUAG